GUGAGAAGUAAGGUUAGGUUUUAAAAUCUCGCCGGACUGCUCGUGUGUGUGAUAACUUCUUUCUGCCUCCAUUCUUCUUCAUCCGUUGUUUUAUUUUAUGUUUAUUGGCUCUAGUCAACAUAUUCUGUACUUAGUUACUAAGUGUACAAUACCAUAUUAUCAUAUUUCACAAGAUUCACCAGACAGUUGCACUCCACGGAAACAAAGAUGUUAUCUAGACACGCUCGAAGAGUACUGCGAUCACACUCUUCAUUUAGUGAUUCCAUCCUCCCAAGAGAAAAAUCAAUUCUUCCUACAUCUGUAGUUACGACGCAGAGGUACUAUAACACCCCUGUCAACACUGGAAUUUUAUUCGUUCCGCAACAAGAGGCAUGGGUGGUUGAGCGUAUGGGAAAAUUUUACAAAAUACUAAAUCCGGGUUUCAACAUGCUUAUUCCUUUCAUUGACACAGUUAAGUACGUGCAAGUACUUAAAGAAAUAGCCAUUGAUGUCCCCAAGCAGAGUGCUGUGACUGCAGAUAAUGUUACUUUAAGUAUUGAUGGUGUGUUGUAUUUGAGGGUUAUCGAUCCCUACAGUGCUAGUUAUGGAGUUACGGAUCCAGAGUUUGCAGUCACUCAGAUAGCUCAAACUACCAUGAGGUCCGAGUUAGGUAAAAUAUCCUUAGAUAAAGUUUUUCAAGAACGUGAAAAUUUGAAUGUUAACAUUGUAGAAUCCAUCAACAAAGCCAGUGCUGCUUGGGGAAUACAAUGCUUACGUUAUGAAAUUAGAGAUAUCAAGCUACCUAAUCGUGUGCAGGAAGCUAUGCAAAUGCAAGUUGAAGCUGAGCGGAAGAAAAGAGCAGCAAUUUUAGAAUCUGAGGGUAUUCGAACUGCUGAUAUUAACAUAGCUGAAGGAAAACGCAAAUCUCGAAUUCUCAACUCUGAGGCAGAGCAGCAAGAGAAAAUAAACAAAGCAAACGGAGAAGCGACUGCAUUAUUAACCGUGGCAAACGCUAAGGCAAAAGGACUUGAAAUCAUCGCCAAAUCUCUUUCCCACGAGGGUGGAACUAAUGCAGCAUCUUUAAAUGUGGCUCAACAGUAUAUAGAAGCUUUCCAAAAGCUAGCAAGAACCAACAACACCCUAAUUUUGCCUGCAAAUACCGGGGAUGUCUCUACAUUUGUUGCCCAGUCUUUAGCAAUAUUCAACUCUCUCUCAAAAAGUACAACACCAAAGAUACAAGAGAUUUCCAAUCAGGACGAUAGAGCAGAAUACUUCAGCGACGAUGAACCUGAACAAAGAAGUUCCACAAAACCUGACCCCAAAACGGUGCCUCCUCUCUAGUACACUUGGUAAAAAUUUAGAACUGCAUUCUAUGAAUGCAGAUGUUUUCUAAGUUGUUAAUUUUUCUUUUUUUAAAAAAUUUGUGUAAGUAAUUAAACAAUUGUAAAUGCACUUCAUCUCUAACUAUUACAUUUAUAUAUUUUAAAAAAA